AUGCGGCGCGUGCUCCUGGCGGCGCUGGUGCUGGCGGCCGGGCUCGGCGCAGUGACCGCGGCCGACCCCGCCUCAGCGACCCGCGCCGCCAUCGGCGGCGACAGCGACGACAGCAGAUCAUGGAGUGCGACGGCAGCAGCGACCGACGGCGACGACGGCGGCGCCGGCACCGCGCCGCUCCCGCGCCCCACCAGCCUGCCGCCCCGCGAGGCCGCCCGCGCGGCCGCGGCGGCGGCCAAGGCGCGCGUCGGCAGCGUACGCGCGGCCGCGUGGCCCGCGCCCCACUACGACGGCUACUCGCUGGCGUCCAGCCGCGACACGUUCGAGAUCUGCAAGGUCCAGAGCGGCCUGAAGCGCGAGAUCUCCCUCGAGGAGCUGCUCCCAAUCUACGGCCUGCCGCGGGAGCUGCUGCAGACCCGCCGCGUGUCCAUCGCGACGCUCUCGCGCGUCCUCGCGUCUGCCGCGCCCUCCGCGCGCCUCGUCAUCGCCCCGCUGCUCGCCGGCGAGGCCGAGCUCGCGCCAGUGCUGCACCCCGACGGGCGGCUGCCGCGGCUGGUGCACUUCACGGUGCGCGAUAAGGACGCGCUGCUGCCGCACCAGGCGCUGGCGGUCGCGUCCUGGGCGGUGCUCAACCCCGGCUACGCCAUCCUGCUGUACGACGACGCCGACAUCGCGGCCUUCAUGGCGGCCUACCACCCCCGCCACGUGGCGCUGUUCAAACGCCUGGGCUCCCAGGUGGAGCGCACCGACCUGUGGCGCUACCUCGUGCUGUGCACCUUUGGUGGCGUCUACGCCGACAGCGACGUCGUCGCGGGGCGGCCGGUGUCGGGCUGGGCGCAGGACGCGGGGCUGCUGACGGGCGUGGAGAACGUGUUCGAGGACCUGGCCGCCGCGCGGCGCCGCGACUACACCGGCGUGAUGCAGGUCGUGCAGUGGACGAUCGCGGCGCGGCCGGGCCACCCGGCCGUCUGCCGCAUGGGCGACUACGUGCAGCGGCGCGUGGACGCAGAGGCGGCGGGCGCGGCGGGCGGGGGCGACCAAGACCGCGACCACGCCAUCCUGGAGCGCACCGGCCCCGGCAUCUGGUCGCGCUCGGUGCACGACUACAUCCGCGAGCACGGCGUUGCGCCAGAGGCGGUCGUCGGCGGCGCGCGCGUCGGGGACCUGCGGCUGCUGCCCCAGAGCAGCUUUGGCUGCGCGUCCAGCACGGUCAACCUGGCGGACCCGCUGGCCUACGUGUACCACAUGUUCAAGGGCAGCUGGCGGCUGCACGAGCCCGGGAAGCUCUGGCAGUUUGUGACACACCUCUACGCGCACCUGUUUGACGGAGACGGCCAGCACGCGGGCACGGCUGCGGGCGCAGGCGCGGGCGAGACCGCCGUGGCGGCGUCGCCGGCAGUCGGGCCGGCGCGCGCGGCUGCGCUCGCGGCGAGCGGCGGCGCCCUUGUGAAGCGAUUGGGUGGUGCGGCGGUCCGGCUGCAGGAGCAGAUGAAGGAGCAGCGGCCUUCGCAGUUGGCGGUGGCGAUGGGUGUGGAACCGGUGAGUGGGCGCGUGGCCCCGGCGGGUGGCGGCAGCAGCAGGGGCAACAGCGGAGGCGGCGGCGCUGGUGGUGACGUCAGCCCUGCAGGUGCGGCAGCACAGCUGUCGCAGCAGCAUCGACAAGAGCAUAACAUCCAGCAGCAGCGGCAGCAGCAGCAGCAGCAGCAGCAGCAGCAGCUGCAGCGACAGCAGAAGCAGCAGCAACUGCAGCCGGCUGGUGCGGCCCAGCAGCCCAACCGCCUGAAAGAGCGGCAGCUGAGGGAGCAGCGGACGCAUGGCGCCGCGGCGAUGCAGAUGCAGGCAAUGGACGCGCGGCGCAGUGAGCAGGAAGACAGACUGCUGCACAGCCGCCACAGCUUACACCUGCUGCCCCUGGCGUCUGCGCUAGCGCUGGCAGCCCUGGUCUGCGGCGCCCUGCUGCACCGCAGCGGCGGCAGUAGCAGCAACAGCAGCGGCAGCGGCGGCAGUAGUAGCAGGUGCGCCACAAGCGUCGGCGCCUCCACGGCCGCGCCUCGUGCGGCCAGCGGCGCCGGCUUUGGCGGUGGGGCGAGCUGCCCCGUGACGCCGCGGCACUCUGCUGGUGGCGGCUCCCUGGCCAGCAUCUGGGGCAGCACCAGGCACAAGCGCAGCGUGAGCUUUGGCAGUGGGGCCGCCGCCGUGCCGCUGCUGCCGCUCAGCCUGCAGCAGCCGCCGCUGCCCAAGGGGGCGGCUGAGCGCCUGCCUGGUGCGGCCGGCACCGCCACGGCUCGCCACCACCGUGACGGGUCCUUCUCUGGCGGCUGCCUCAAGCGCGGUGGCAGCAGCUUGCAGUGCCUGCAGGGCGGCGCGGGCAUGCAGUAG